AUUCCAACAGAUCCAGAAGUUAAAGAGAAAAUAUUAAAAGCAUUAAAUGACAGAGUAACGGCUGCUGAAGGCAUGUUACCAAUUGAAUAUGCUGAUAAAAUUGAAAAUAAUAAACAAAAUCAAGAAGUUGGAGAACCAAGUAUUGAAUAUGAAAUGACUAGAAGACAGAUCAAAAAUAAUAUAAAAGAAUUGUGGAAUUAUAUAAGUAAUGAACUUGGACAACUGCACAAAGCUUCUACUAUAAAUCGAGAGCAAAUUGUAAAUUCACUGGUUAUGGUAGCUAAUAAUAAGUGGUGGCUUUUAUCUGAUGUCGAGAAACUUGCCAAGUAUGAUGGUUUCAAUAACUGGAGAGAGCAAGAGUCUAGAGAUUUGUCUGAUUUAGUACAAAGAAGAUUUCAUUAUCUACAGAACCCAAAAGACUGUAACACGGCUAAAAAAUUAGUUUGCAAUUUGAAUAAGGGUUGCGGCUUUGGCUGUCAAUUGCAUCAUGUUGCAUAUUGUUUCAUAAUAGCUUAUGGAACAGAAAGAACUUUAAUAUUAAAUAGUAAAGGCUGGAGAUACCACAAAGCAGGUUGGGAAGAAGUGUUUUUGCCUCUAUCAGAAACAUGUAGAAAUGCAGAGGGAACUACACAUGGUUCCUGGCCAGGCAAACCUUCUACACAAGUUAUUACACUACCAAUCAUAGAUUCCAUUUCUCCUAGACCACCAUUUUUGCCAUUAGCUGUACCGGAAGAUCUUGCUGAUAGAUUGGCUAGAUUGCAUGGCGAUCCUAUUGUAUGGUGGAUAGGACAAAUUUUAAAAUAUUUACUUCGGCCUACCAAAAAUACAGAAGAUAUGAUAAAAAAUGGCAUGGAUAAAUUGGGUUAUGCAAAGCCUAUAGUUGGUAUUCAUGUGAGAAGAACUGAUAAAGUGGGAACUGAAGCUGCUCUUCAUAAAGUUGCAGAAUAUAUGACACAUGUAGAAGACUGGUACAAGCAGAGAGAAAUGUCAGAAAAGGUUGUGCGGAGGGUUUAUGUAGCCACUGAUGAUCCAACGGUUAUAGAAGAAAUUAGGCAAGAUUAUCCCGAUUACAUCGUCAUUGGCGAUCCAUCUAUAUCUCGAUCAGCAUCAGUAGCAUCACGCUAUAGUGACGAGUCGUUGCGUGGCAUCGUUCUGGACAUUAUUUUGUUAGCACGAAGUGAUCAUUUGGUAUGCACCUUCAGUUCUCAAGUCUGCAGGGUUGCUUAUGAAAUAAUGCAGACUAUGCAUACUGAUGCUUCAGACAGGUUUUAUUCUUUGGACGAUAUUUAUUAUUAUGGAGGACAAAGCUCACACACUCGUGAAGCCGUUUUACCGCACGAACCUGUGCGCAAAGGAGAGUUGCACCUGAAACCUGGUGAUAUCAUCGGUGUCGCUGGCAAUCAUUGGGACGGUUUCUCCAAAGGGACGAAUUUUAGAACAUCACAGUUAGGUCUAUUUCCAAGUUUCAAAGUUCGCGACGUAAUGCAUACGGCGCGGUUUCCUACAUAUCCUAAUGUUAAGCUGAAAUAAACAUGGUAAGAUUAGAUUAGAAAUU